UGUCCGGGCAGCGCCGGGGGCCGCCGCCGCCGCCGCCGCGAGCCGGGAGCCGCGAUGGCCCAGUGGUCCGCACCUCCUCCGCCUCCGCCUCCACCUCUCGCCGCGCCGCCGCCGCCCGGCGCCUCGGUUAAGGGCCCGCCGGCGCGCAAGCUGCUUUUCAUGUGCACCUUGUCCCUGUCCGUCACCUACCUGUGCUACAGCCUCCUGGGCGGCUCGGGCUCCCUGCAAUUCCCCCUGGCGCUGCAGGAGCCGCCGGCCGCCGCCGCCGAGCCCCCGCCAAGCCCGCCGCCACCCUCGCUGCCGCCUCCCCCCGUGCGCCUCGGCGCCCCCUCGCAGCCGCCCGCGCCGCCGCCGCCGGACAGCGCGAGCCGCGGGGAGCCGCCCGAGCCCCCCGAGCAGCCUUCCGCCCCCGCGGCCGACGGCUGGGGGCUGGCGAGCGGCGGCGGGGGCGCCCGGGACGCCUGGCUCCGGACCCCGCUGGCCUCUGGCGAGAUGGUCACGGCGCAGAGCGCGCUGCUGGAGAGGGAAGCGCAGGAGUCCAGCACCACAGACGAGGAGCUCGCAGGCCGGAGGGCGGCCAACGGGAGCAGCGUGAGGGGCGGCGCCGUCAGCACCCCCGACUACGGGGAGAAGAAGCUGCCACAGGCCCUUAUCAUCGGGGUCAAGAAAGGAGGGACCCGCGCGCUGCUGGAGGCGAUCCGAGUGCACCCGGACGUGCGGGCGGUGGGCGUAGAGCCGCACUUCUUCGACAGGAACUAUGAAAAGGGACUGGAAUGGUACAGUAUUUUCUCAAGCUGGAGAAGAGGAUGACCUAGGUUGGCAUUAGAAGAUCAAGGAGACCACAGCCUCAGGUAGGAUGCA